GAUAGAAGUUGUUCCGCGAAGUGACAUCCCGUUUCGCCGUAAAUAAACCCAUGUGACCGGAAAUAUCAAGUGUGACUGCAAUGUGGUGAUACAACAACAAGCCUGUUGAAAAUGACUGAUCAGUUUGGGGACUUAGAGUUACUACUAAAGGCCUCUGCCAAGGAUCAGGUUGUGAAGAUUUGUGAAGAGGCAUUCCUUCUUCGCCAUAAAUCGCCACGCAAUGUGCCCGACAAUGUGGUCAACAGCACUGCGGAGAAGUUAGGAGUGGAUAAGAACAGCAGUCGAUCUCUCCUCGUAAGCCUGGGGCAUGUGAUCUCCUCAGCCAUUUUCCUCGGUUCCUCCGACCCCAAGACAAUCAUCACCAUCUUUCCAGACAAUUUCCACAAGAACCUGCGUGACCUGCUGACAAAGAUCUUUAUUGACCAUAUGGCGGGAUGGAAGACUCAGGCAGCUGGAGGACUUGUUUCUCUUCCCAAAAUGGUGGACUUUGACUGGCGAGUAGACGUCAAGACAUCGUCUGAUACUGUGGCCAGGAUGUCGGUGCCAACAUGUAUAUUAAACAUGCAAGUUCAAGCUACAGCUACAGAUGUGGGGAUUGUGCCAGAUGUGUCCAGUGUUAAUGUAGAACUGUCAAAGGAGACACUAGACACCAUGUUGGAUGGACUAUCGAAGAUACGAGACCAGCUGUCGUCAGUAGCAAGCAGAUGAGUCUGGCAGACAUUAGCAGCUCAAUGUUGGAGAAUAUGUGGCUUCAUUUUCUGACCAAAGUUCACAAAUACUUCCAUUUCUAAGAAUGUACCAUAUUUAUAUGUUUAUUUCUACCAUGUAUUGUAUAUUUGUAAAGUAUAUAAAUACGUCAUGAACAUA